CAGACGGUCUUCCAGAGAGAGAGAGACUUGAAACUGGAGCUUAUUUUCUCUCAAAGAAAAAGUGUGUAUCUGCCCACUUCGCGCUGCUAGGACUAUAGAGCACACACCCAUAUGGGGAGUUCCGUGGAAUAAAUAGCAGGAGGCGGGUGGGAGCGGGGAGCGAGCUUCUAAUGCUUUAGAUAAGCCUUCCAUGCAAUCCUUUCUUAGCUGUGAGUAGCACAGCCUCUCUGUCUGCAGAGGGAAGACUGGGUUUUCUUCUAUUUUGAUCUCAAGCAACAGCAGCUGAAAUGACUAGGGAUGAAGGCUUCAGGGUCCUCAAAAUCCAGACGUACAUACUCAAGGUGAGCAUACACUGUGAUGGAUGCAAACAGAAAGUUAAGAAGCUCCUUCAAAAAAUUGAAGGAGUCUACUCAGUAAGUAUAGAUUUGGAGAAUCAGAGGGUUGCUGUUUCAGGAAAUGUGGAUUCUGAAACUCUGAUAAAAAAGCUGGCCAAAUCAGGCAAACAUGCAGAGCUCUGGUCUCAGAAAACCAACACCCAAGAGCCCAAGCCCAACCAACAGAAGCAACGGAGGCAAUUUGCUGCUGCCCAAACUGGCCACAAGAACAACAACGACCAAGGCAAGCAACGACUCAUCCAAGGCCUCAGAGCCUUCAAGAAUCAGCACAACAAGCUUCCCUCAUUGAGCUCCGAUGAGGAAGAUUAUGAUGAUGACGACGAAGUCGAAGGCUUAGAUGAGCUGCCUUUCCUUGAUAUGAACCCAAUCAAUUUCCUGAGGCAGACAGGCAAUGCAGCAGCCAUUGCAAAGAAAAAUUGCCAUGGCAAUGCAGGUGGGAAUGGUAAUGGUGGAGCUGGAAAGAAAUGCGGAGGAAAUACCUACCAGCAUCAGAUAAAGAACAAAGAUAUAUCCCAGCAAAAGGGCAUUGACAUUUCGGCCAAUGGCAAGAUCAUCAAUGGUGUACACUUGGGUGGUGGUAAUCCUAAUGCAGGGGUCAUCAACGGUGUCCACCUGGGUGGCGGUAAUCCUAAUGCAGGGGAGAUAAGAAGGAUUAAUGACAAAAAUGGCAUGACGAUGGGUCAUCAUGGGCUUGGUCGAAACAAUGUUGGUGGCUUUCAGGGAAAUGGAUUCCCUGGCUAUGCAAGGUUCCCAUCGAAUGGUGAGGGAUUUGGAGGGCACCGUCAGUCCCCCAUGAUGGUGAACAUGCAAGGGUAUCAGGCCCAUCCAUCAUCCAUGAUGACCAACUUGAGGGGGUACAAUAAUGACAUGAUCAUGCAUGAGAGCAGACACAUGCAACCCCAGAUGAUGUAUCAUAGGUCCCCUCAGAUAUCUCCUUACACUGGCUACUACCCUUGCUACCCAAAUCCCUACUAUCCCGUCAAUCAGUCGGACAAUAGCGAUUAUGGCAUUCAUCUUUUCAGUGAUGAGAACACCAGGGGCUGUAUUGUGAUGUAAAAUGGGUUCGUAGGUUGAGUUAGGCAAGUUUUUUCUUCUUUCUUUUCAUUUCUUUGUUGUUGUAAUGCUGUUAUGAGUUAAAACUGAUGGCUUUCUGC